AUGUUAUAUAUUUUUGUUAUUAAUCUUAUUAUAUCUGGUUUAUGGUGUCAAAAUAUUAAACGAGUUAUUGUACAACAAGGAGGAUCUUUUUCAUUUGAUUGUCAACAUGAUGAAACAGUUUUAUUUGGUAGACGUUUAAAUGAAUGGUUAGAAAUUCAAGAAGAUAAUGAAUAUUAUUUAUAUUUAAAUUUAAAUUUUAACUAUUUACCACAAGAAAAUAUUUUACGUGUAACAUCAAAUUCUGCUCAAUCAAAACAUAAUGGAUAUUAUACUUGUCAAAAAUCAACAUGGAUAAGUACAUCGAAAAAUAUUAUUUAUCAAAUAAUACUUGCUGAUGUACAAUCAUUUUAUUGGAAUUAUAUAUGUCAUGGUCCAAUAGGUUCAUGUGAACGCUUGGAUGAUGUAGUUGAUGAAAAUUUAAGUCGAUUCGAAGUUGCUGAUCAAACAAAUACUGAAUUAUUUUGUUGUGCAUCUGUAACAGGUUAUGGAACUGUAAAUAUACAUAUGAAUCGAGUUGGUGAUAGUUUUGGUGAUGUAGAAGUAAAUAGAAAACAAGAACUUGAUGGUACAUGGGUUGUUUGUGCUAAUCAACGUACGAUAUUAAGACGAACAUCAAAUUUUAAUCAACAAGUAUUAACAUGUGAAUUAUUAAUCGAUAAUCAACAUAAUUCAAUGCUUUCGAGUGUUAUUAUAAUAAAAGAUCCAAUUCUUCCGGAUCCAUCAUUGAAUUAUAAUUCAUAUUUCGAAGAAAAUCGAGAUAAUGAAUAUUUUAAUGAACCUCGAUUAUCUGAAAUUCGAUCAAGAAGAAAAUCUAUGACUGGAAAAAAACUUGCAAUUAUUAUUGGCUCUGUCAUUGGUGGUCUUUGUCUAUUAGGGUUAUUAAUUGCUUUCUUAGUUUGUCUAUGUCGUCAUAAAAAUGCAUCAUCAAGUUCAAAAAUGAAGAAUUCAAAGCAAUAUUCACCAGUUAAAACUAUGGAACAAACAAGAUAUAAAAAUCAGACGAAUACACAAGAUGAUGAACCUGUUUAUGAAGAACCAACACAAUUAUCUCGAACAUCACCUAUAUUUACACGAUGUUAA